AUGGGUUCUGCGCCUCAGAAACAGACGAUUUACAGAAGGAACGAUCCAGGCACAACGAGGGCUGAUUGGAAUAAGUGGCCUGAACAAUCCUUUGAAGAGAUGGACUCUAUGUUGAACGUGCAGCAGUAUAUACAGCAGUGCAUAUUUGCUGACGAGAAAAACAUCGACAAAAUUUUAACUUCGCCUCCAGGAUUGGAAGAAGGUGUUUGGAAAUACGAACACGUUCGCCAGUUUGUUAUGGAAUUAAAUUUUUUGGCUAUUAUGUUACAGGAGGACUGUAAGCCUGAAACUUGUGUUCAAAUGACUGCUACCGAACAGUGGAUCUUUCUUUGUGCUGCUCAUAAAAAUCCGAAAGAAUGUUCUGCUAUUGACUAUACUCGCCAUACCCUAGAUGGUGCAUCAGCCCUGUUGAACAGUAAUAAGUAUUUUCCUAGCCGAGUAAAUGUGAAAGAGUCGUCAAUCGCAAAAAUUGGUUCUGUUUGCCGCCGUGUUUACCGCAUAUUUUCACACGCAUAUUUCCACCACAGAGAUAUUUUCGAUAACUUUGAGAACCGUACACACUUGUGUAAACGCUUCACUACUUUCGUAAGGAAGUAUAAUUUAAUGGCCAACGAGCAUCUUAUAGUGCCCAUUUUGCCAGACCAAGCUAACCAAUAA